AUGGAAUCUUCAAAAGAAGAAGAGUCACUUCCUGAUCACGAGGAAGAAGGAGAAGAGGAAGCGCUUAUCGUUGAAUUGGGAGAGCUCGACAUACAUGGAAAAGAAGGCGGUUCCAAACUGGAAUCGAAUCGCAUCGAGAGCCAACCGAGCCUCGACGAUGUCGAAGAGAUCUUGCAGUACAAGUUCAAUGACAAAAGAUUGCUCGAAGAAGCUCUCACUCAUCACACGUUCACGGGCAAGACUUUUUGCUACGAGAGAUUGGAGUACAUCGGGGACUCAGUGCUCAAUUUGUUGUUCGCCAAGGAAUUAUACUUCAUGUAUCCAGAGAUGGAACCCGGAUCACUGACCCGGCUCCGGGCAGCCAAUGUGGACACCGAAAAGCUCGCACGCGCGGCAAUAAAGCUUGGGUUGCAUCAGUAUAUGCACCAUAGGAAGCCUUUUUUUCAGGAUCAAAUUCAAGAAUUCAAACGACAGAUUCUAGAUUUCCCAUUGCAUUCAUGUGGUCUAGUUGACGCGCCAAAGUCUUUAGCCGAUAUCGUCGAAUCAACCAUCGGUGCCGUCUUCGUUGAUAGCAAUUGGUCAAUGGACACGGUGUGGAAGGUCUCAAAAAGCAUGUUGGAGCCGAUAAUUAGUCCAACAACUUUAAAACUGCAUCCAGUCACCGAGCUAUAUGAACUGUGCCAGAAGAAGAGUUUGAUGUUGAGCUUUAAGGAUCUAUGGAGUGAAAGUUCAAGUUUCUUCGUAUUUAUAGACGGCCAGCUGGUGGGAAGAGGCACAUACAAACCCAAGAAGGACAUUGCGCUGAAUAGAGCAGCCAAAGAUGCCUUAGAAAACAUCUCAAGAUUACUCUGCGACAAAUAGAGU